AUGGCUGUGGUGGCACCACCACGGUCAUGCCGAGACCACUACCACUACCAACCUCCCUUCCACAAAACCACCCACAAACCAACUGUCAAACGCUAUCUUCGCUCAAUCCUCAUCCCGAAAACAAAUCUUUCUCUGUCUGCACAAACCCACCUUACGAAUUCUCUCUCUCUGACAAACAGUUCAACCCAUCGACUCUCUCUGCCUCAAGAGAUUGCCCAGCUCUGUGAAUCAAAAGAAAACCUCGCCGGAGCCUUGAGUUUAUUACAUGAAGACUCUAAACAUGUUGCUUUUGAUUCAGCGCAAAAGGCCGAGGCAAUGAGUGUACUACUGCAGGCCUGUGGACGGCACAAAGACAUUGAAAUUGGCCGACAAGUCCACCAAAUGGUUUGGGGAUCAACUCAAUUCAGAAAUGACUUUGUACUAAAUACUCGUAUCAUUACAAUGUACUCCGUGUGUGGAUUUCCUUCAGAUUCUCAAUCCGUUUUCGAUCAAUUAGAAAGGAAGAACUUGUACCAAUGGAAUGCACUUAUAAGUGGGUACACGAGAAAUGAGCUUUGGUAUGAAGCAAUGUGUGUGUUUUUUGAGUUGAUAACCAUAACGGAUCAUAGACCGGAUAAUUUUACCUUUCCUUGUGUGAUUAAGGCUUGUGGAGGCCUUUUGGAUGUGGAUUUGGGACAGGCUGUGCAUGGGAUGGCAGUGAAGAUGGGUUUGGUUUUCGAUGUAUUUCUGGGUAACGCAUUGACUGCAAUGUAUGGAAGGUGUGGGGCUGUUGACGAAGCAGAGAUACUGUUUGAGCAUAUGCCUGAAAAGAAUUUGGUUUCUUGGAAUUCUAUGCUUUGUGGAUUUUCUGAGAAUGGGUUUUCUCAAAAGUGUUUAGAUUUUUUCAGGAAGAUAUUCGAGAGUGAAGAAAUUUUUCCUGAUGCUGUUACAUUGGUGACCAUAUUGCCAGUUUGUGCGGUGGAAGGGGAAGUGAAAAUGGGAAGGAUGCUGCAUGGAUUUGUUGUGAAACUGGGGCUGAUUCAGGAGUCAAAGGUGAAUAACGCUUUAAUGGAUAUGUAUUCGAAAUUUGGGUUCUUAUUUGAAGCCCAACUGCUUUUUAGUAAGAACCAGAGCAAAACUGUGGUUACUUGGAAUGCUAUUAUUGGGGGUUAUUCUAGAGGAGGAGAUGUUUGUGGAACAUUUGAUCUUUUGCAGAAAAUGCAAAUGGACAGUGAAAAUAUACAAGGUAAUGAGGUCACUUUAUUAAAUGUAUUGCCAGUUUGUAUAGAGAAGUCGGAGCUAUUGAGGGUAAAAGAACUGCAUGGAUAUUCACUCAGACAUGGUUUUCAACGUGAUGAGCUGCUAGUCAAUGCUUUUAUUGCCGCCUAUUCAAAAUGUGGGUCACUGAGUUCCGCUGAGCAUGUCUUUUAUGGCAUGGAUAAUAAGACAGUGAGCUCCUGGAAUGCGCUCAUCGGUGGCUGUGCACAGAACGGAGACUCAUCAAACGCCAUAGAUCUGUACCUUCAAAUGACAUAUUCUGGGUUAGAUCCAGACUGGUUUACAAUUGGUAGCAUACUUUUGGCAUGUGCCCACCUGAAAUCCCAACAAUGUGGGAAACAGAUUCACGGGUUUGUGCUUAGAAAUGGUUUAGAGACAGAUGCAUUUAUAUCUAUUUCACUACUUUCACUUUACAUUCAGAGUGGAAAACCAUUGUCUGCUCGAGUUUUGUUUGAUAUGAUGGAGGAUAGAAGUUUAGUAUCGUGGAAUGCCAUGAUUGCUGGUUAUUCGCAGAAUGGACUUCCUAAUGAAGCCUUAAACCUCUUUCGUCAAAUGUUGUCUCAUGAAAUACAACCUUAUGAAAUUGCAAUAAUGAGUGUGUUAGGGGCUUGUUCACAGUUGUCAGCAUUGAAACAAGGAAAAGAAACUCAUUGCUUUGCUUUGAAAACUCACCUUUCUGAAGACAAAUUUGUUGGUUGUUCAAUCAUAGAUAUGUAUGCGAAAAGUGGCUCAAUAGAACAAUCUAAAAAGGUUUUUGACCAGUUGAAGGAGAAAGAUGUGGCAACAUGGACAGUUUUAAUUGCCGGAUAUGGAAUUCAUGGAUAUGGAAAGCAGGCCAUAGAACUAUUAGAGAAAAUGCAACAAUUGGGCUCGAACCCUGAUUCCUUCACGUUCAUUGGAAUUUUAAUGGCAUGUUGCCAUGCUGGGCUGGUUGAUGAGGGUCUCAAGUAUUUCAACGAAAUGCAGACUUUGCAUGGGAUAGAGCCUAAAUUGGAGCAUUUUGCAUGUCUGGUGGAUACGUUGGGUCGUGCUGGACGAUUUGAUGUUGCUCUAGAGCUUGUAGCUGAGAUGCCUAUGGAACCUGAUGCUAAAAUUUGGAGCUCAUUACUCAGUUCCUGUAGAGUUUAUAGUGAGAUGGAUUUGGGAAAGGAAGUUUCUGAGAAGUUGUUGGAACUGGAACCAAACAAAGCAGAGAAUUAUGUGCUAGUCUCAAAUUUAUUUGCAAACUCUGGUAAGUGGGAUGAUGUUAGGAAGGUGAGGGAAAGGAUGAAGAAGAUUGGCCUUCGCAAGGAUGUUGGCUGUAGUUGGAUUGAAGUUGGAGGCAAAAUGUAUAACUUUAUUGUUGGAGAUCAAAUGCAACUGGAAUCCGAAGACAUCCGGGACAUGUGGAGACAAUUAGAGGAGAAGAUAAGGGGAAUUGGAUAUAUACCAGAUACAAGUACAGUGCUUCACCAACUGAGAGACGAGGAGAAAGUAGAGAUUUUGCGAGGGCAUAGUGAGAAGCUUGCGAUUUCGUUUGGGUUGUUAAAGACAACUAAAGGUGUAACACUGCGGGUUUGCAAAAAUCUGCGCAUUUGUGGAGAUUGUCACAAUGCGAUCAAGUUGGUGUCGAAGGUUGCUGAUAGGGAGAUAAUCGUGAGGGACAACAAGCGCUUUCACCAUUUUAGAGAUGGAUUCUGCUCCUGUGGGGAUUACUGGUAG